UUUUUUCCCAGCUACCCGUCCAACACACGCGACACGAUCCCUGACCUCCCUCCACCAAACCCUCCCAACGUCCUCUACUCCUCUCCCUCUCCCUCUCCCUCCCUCCUCGCUCCUCCCUCGAUCCCUGACCACGUGAGAUCGCAAGAUUCCUUCGCGUUGCCGCCUCUUCAUUGAGCUCAAUUCGCAGCCGAAGCCUCGCCGCCACAGCCCUGACCUCAUCUCCGCAUCUCCGAUCUCCCACGUCGCUAUCCAAUCGCCUCUCCACUCUUUCCCUCAAUUCCUAACCUCAUUUUAUUUUUCAGAUUUGGCAGAAUAUUAGUUGGUCGGAAGGCUUAUCUGCCACUCUAGGAAGUUGCUGAUUCAUAAUAGCAAUGGGAUUGCCAUCUACGAUGGAUGCUAAUGAAGGCAUCCAGUUAUGCGUUUUUGACUCGAGAAGGGGACAACGUGAAGGGCAAGAGCUAGAUAAAAUAUUGUUCUUUUAUCCUCCAGAUUGCCCUUAUUCUGUGCAGUUAUCUGUCAUAGGGCUUUCAGGUGGAAUGAUUACGUUCACAAGACUUUUUUCUCCUGAUGCUGCUUGUGAGGUCAUUGAAGCUGAGAGGCACUCACAUGUGUUCUAUCAAGCAGAGCCGGAUAUAUGGAUGGUUUUGAUAGUGGAGAAAGUUAAGGACAGUGAGUCUAUAUGGAGGUGUGAUGCCUUACAAGCCAUACUCAGAGAAAUACAUUCUCUCUUCACGAUGUUCAAUGGAUCCUUACAAAAUAUACUUGAUAAACAACCCAGUGGUGCACUUGCUCGCAGCUGUUUGUACACGUUUAUCACUGACUAUUUAACAGACUUUCGCGUUAGCAAGAAAAUCAAAGUGCCUACCUUUCGUGAUUGUCUCAAGGAACGGAGAACGGUCCAAAUGUUAACAAUUUCCCGUGAAGUGGCUAUUGAAGUUCAGUCACUUGCGACAGUCAUAGGGUCUUCAUGCAUUGGAGGAAUAACGUGCAACUCAAUUAUAUUAUUUCAAGAUCUGCUAGUGUCAACAACACUUUCCCCUGGUGACACUGCCAACAUGUUUACUUAUGCUGUUUUGAGGUUAACACCGCAUGCUUUAUCCUCCAAGACAAGUUCUUGGUCCUAUUUAAGGAAAGGAGUUUCUUCCUCAAAUGUUACUGUUAGAUCUGCUUCACUAAAUACUGGAUCUUCACUAGAAGAUUAUCAGGAUGGAUCUUGUAAUACUUCCCCUAGAGGGCAAGGUCAGACAUACCACACAGCGAGGCUUCUUCAAACUGAUAACUGGUCUAAAGGAAAAGAUGGCUUUCUUGUUAGUGGCAUUCAUGGUGAAGUUGGUAAUUUAGUUGAUAUUCCCCCAAUAGUGUGGCUCCAACAAACAGAAGAGCAAGUGUAUCUUUGUGUCUAUCAGCAUCGGAACCUCACAAUUAUUUUCCUCAUACCUGUAUGCACAUUGACAGACGGAGAGACAGGGAUAUCUCACGCAAAAAAACAGUUUUUGGAAAAUGCUUCAGAGAAGAUUGUAUAUGUUGAAGAGAAACUAUCUAAAGGAUUUGGUGGUGAAAAUGCUUAUCAUGUUAGUGGAUAUCGCUACUUGCUGGUUGACAGGGAUAAGAGCAUAUCAAGGGCUUCUCCCCCAGGAAAAGUGACAACUCUUGCAAAAGAUUCAUUGCUUGCUUUUAAUAAUCUAAGAGAAGAGGUUGAUUUGAAAAAGGCUCGAGCAAAUAGAGAAAAGCCAGACUGUGAAAAUAAUUUUGAGAUGUGCAUUAGAGCCAAGAACAAUGCAUGGCUAAUUGCUAAAAUAGCACGAGGGAGGGAAUUGUACAUGGUGUUGGAGAAGGCAAAUGAGACGCUUCUUUAUGCAUCUGAUGCUGUUGAGAAGUUCAGCAACAGGUAUUGUGAUGGAGCGUUUUCCUUGGACUAGUAGAAACGUGAAGUUUUGCUCCAGAGUUGCACUGCAUCAGUUCUUUGUUUUACAGGCUUAUAAAUGUCUACCUGUUAAGAUUCAGAACGUUAAAGAUUUCUUCAGUGAGAUAAUACAGCGAAAGUGGACUUGCUUCGUAAGGCGCACUAGCUUAAGAAUAUCGAUUGCAGGGUUAUUUUAAAUUAUUGAAAAUCUGGACUAAGGCUGUUGUAGAUCAAAUUGAAAAUCUGCGACCGCCUACUAUUAUUAUACAAAGAAUGGUUUAGUUGCAUUAC